AUGUCGAUAGGCAUGGGUCCAGGACCCUAUGUGCCCGGCAACUCUCCAAAUCCCGAUGUACAAAAGCCUCGUUCGUCGGUUGAUGGCCCGGGGAUACAAAUGCAGGCUCUAGGGCAAGGUCAAGAUGAAUCUGGUAAUCGGCAAACUGCAGUUCGAGGGCCACCCAGGAAGCCCCGGCAGAGCGGACACGCCAUUUGGAUUGGAAAUCUCCCUCCGCAGACCGAUUUGAUGAGCCUUGUCCACCACGUUUGCAAGGAGACGGCAGGACUCGAAUCUCUUUUCCUCAUAUCGAAAAGUAACUGCGCAUUUGCGAAUUUCAAAGACGAAGGCACGUGCAUAGCGGCCCAGCAAAAGCUACACGACUCCAAGUUUCAGUCUGUGCGCCUCGUCAGCAGGCUGCGGAAGAAUACUGUUGAAGGGGCCACGGGCCUGACUGCCCCCACCGGACCGGCGGCCAGCACGGCGGUUGCCCCGGCCCAGGGCGAUCUGGCUCAGGAUGCCUCGGCCUCGGACUCCCGCAGCCAGAGUCCAGCCGCCGGACAACCUACGAAGCCCAGGAUAAACUCGGCCGGCGAGGCCAGUUCGCAGCAGGACAAGUUCUUUAUUCUCAAGAGUCUCACCAUGGAGGAUCUCGAGCUGAGUGUACGGACCGGUAUCUGGGCAACACAGUCUCACAACGAAGAGUCACUCAACACUGCGUUCAAGACCUUCGAUAACGUCUACUUGAUCUUCUCGGCGAACAAAUCGGGCGAAUAUUUUGGGUAUGCGCGAAUGGUAUCGGAGAUCAAUGAGGAUCCAGAAGCAGCGAUUGAAUUUGCGCCGAAGGCUCAGGCCACGAGCAGCCUAGACUUGCCAAAAGCGAUUGUUACUGAUGCGACCGGGUACGCACCCAGGGGCAGAAUCAUCGACGACUCGGCCAGGGGCACGAUUUUCUGGGAAGCGGAACGGGAGGACUCGGAGAGUGGGUCCGACAAUGUGAGCGAGGCUUCUAGCACUAGGAGUGCUGAAACGGACGAAGAGACAAAGACGUGGGGGAAGCCGUUUAAGCUCGAGUGGCUGUCAAUCAGUCGGCUACCGUUCUACCGAACACGCGGCUUGCGGAAUCCGUGGAACUCGAACAGGGAGGUUAAGAUUGCCAGAGACGGGACUGAGCUGGAGCCUUCUGUGGGCCGCAGGCUCAUUGGACUCUUCAACCGUGUGCAGAGUCCGGGGCCAAUGCCACUGGCGCUGCGCCCUGCCAUGGCGAUGGUGACGGGAUUCCCGCCCAUGCGAGGGCACGGCCAAUGA